AUGGCUGCAGACACGACAACUCUCUCCCUUUCCGCCCCCAUCUCUCUGUCCUCCUUGCCUGGCUUGCAUCCCGUCCUAGCUUUCUACGCCAAAUACGGGAAAGACUUUCAAGAUCUCGCAACCACCCCUGCAGAAGCAUACUAUACACGCGAAGCCUAUAUAAAUCUGCCACACGGGGCAUCCUUUAUGGGGCGUGAUCGCAUCUGGGCCUUUUACAAGCAGAUGUACGGUGCCUUUCGAGCCAAUCCAAUAGAGCAGUUCUACACGCUCACUGUUGUUUCUGAUGCUGCAGGCACGCACACUUUGCAUAUGGAGUAUGUGCGGGGCUUACACAGUAACAAUGAUUCCUCUAUCACACGCGUGCCGCAGGUGUUUGUAUACGAAAUUGGGCCAGCGACAGAAGGCGAGGGCACGGAUGGCUUGCAGAUUCGGGGGCUUCGAUGCUAUUAUGAUGUUGGCCUCAUGCGGGCGGCAGCCAAGGCUGAGGGAGUCGUAAUUGAAGAGUUCGAGAGUGUCUAG